CAAAAAGCAACCAACUACAAGAAAUGUAGGGCACCUGGACUAGGAAAAACGCACGAGUUGGGUCAGUUGGCAUGGUGUGAGUAGAAUCCAGUCGAUGUGCACAAAAAGCCGCAACAGCACUCCUGAAGAAAUCACUACUGUGUUAACAGAAUAUGUAGCUAAAUAUUGAAGGGCUGCUGAGUGAAAACCUCAGUAAAACGGGCCGGCAGUAAAAACCCACUGACCCCAGCUAGCUGUUCACUCAAGGGGACCAUGGAGCUGGAAGACACCAAACCCAUCAAUGUCUCCCAGGAUUUCCAUUGUAUUGUGGAGGAGAACCAGACCGCAGAUGAACUUUGUACCCCAGAUUGGAAGGGGCCACCGCCAACAUGGAGCAGUACAGCCUCGGGUGACUUGGACAAGGACCGUUCUGUGCUUACUGAGACAGAACAUUCUGUGCUGGCGAGAUUGGCUUUAAGCAGGGAUCACUCCUAUAGUCAGAAGGUGCCGGAGGAGAAUAUGACCGAUGUCCUUAUGGUGGACGUGAAAAUUGAGGAAGAGGAAACGACCUCACCAGCACGUCUCCAGGACGUGAUCCCGACGGUGCUGGUGAGGGAUGCUGAAAACGUCUCUGAGGGGAGGUUUGUGAGACAAAUGGCAUAUGUCUCAACCGGGUCCUUUGAAAAUAUCCAACUGCCACCAGUCAUUAAGGAAGAGAGUGGAGACGAGAUUACUGAGCUCCCUGAGCUGGACAGUGUCACCACUCCCUGCCAGGACCAGGAUUCUUCCCUCGGCGAGACCGGACAUCCUGUUGGCGAGGCGUCUGUUGGCGAGGCGUCUGUUGGCGAGCCGUCUGUUGGCGAGCCGUCUGUUGGCGAGCCGUCUGUUGGCGAGCCGUCUGUUGGCGAGCCGUCUGUUGGCGAGGCGUCUGUUGGCGAGCCGUCUGUUGGCGAGGCGUCUGUUGGCGAGGCGUCUGUUGGCGAGGCGUCUGUUGGCGAGGCGUCUGUUGGCGAGCCGUGUGUUGGCGAGCCGUGUGUUGGCGAGCCGUGUGUUGGCGAGCCGUGUGUUGGCGAGCCGUGUGUUGGCGAGCCGUGUGUUGGCGAGCCGUGUGUUGGCGAGCCGUGUGUUGGCGAGCCGUGUGUUGGCGAGCCGUGUGUUGGCGAGGCGUCUGUUGGCGAGGCGUCUGUUGGCGAGCAGUGUUUUGUGGCGAGGCGUCUGUUGGCGAGCCGUGUGUUGGCGAGCCGUGUGUUGGCGAGCCGUGUGUUGGCGAGCCGUCUGUUGGCGAGCCGUCUGUUGGCGAGGCGUCUGUUGAAGAUCUGCGGGGAAGACAAGAACGUUUUAUCCGCUCAGACCCCAAACUCCAAGCCGGUCACCGUCAAGGUCACCGUCAAGGUCACCGUCAAGGUCACCGUCAUGGUCACCGGCAGGGUCACCGUCAUGGUCACCGGCAAGGUCAAGGUUACCGUCAAGGUCACCGGCAGGGUCACCGUCAUGGUCACCGGCCAGAUCAUCAAGAUCUGA